AUGGAUUUGGACCAAUGGAUUUCCAAGGUAAAAGAUGGUCAGCAUCUCUCCGAGGACGAGCUUCAGCUUCUCUGCGAAUACGUGAAAGAAAUUCUGAUUGAGGAGUCAAACGUACAACCUGUCAACAGUCCAGUCACCGUCUGUGGUGACAUCCAUGGCCAGUUUCAUGAUCUAAUGAAGCUUUUUCAAACCGGAGGUCAUGUUCCAGAGACUAAUUACAUAUUUAUGGGGGACUUCGUGGAUAGAGGUUACAACAGCCUUGAAGUCUUCACUAUUCUUUUGCUUCUUAAAGCUAGACAUCCAGCCCAUAUUACACUUUUGCGUGGAAAUCAUGAAAGUAGGCAGCUAACGCAGGUAUAUGGUUUCUAUGACGAAUGCCAAAGGAAGUAUGGUAACGCUAAUGCGUGGCGAUAUUGCACAGAUGUUUUCGACUAUCUUACCCUGUCAGCUAUUAUAGAUGGCACCGUUCUAUGUGUUCAUGGUGGCCUUUCCCCUGAUGUCCGGACAAUUGAUCAGAUAAGACUGAUCGAGAGAAAUUGUGAAAUUCCUCAUGAAGGGCCCUUUUGCGACCUUAUGUGGAGCGAUCCUGAAGAUAUUGAAACAUGGGCUGUUAGUCCACGUGGAGCUGGUUGGCUUUUUGGAUCGAGGGUUACCACUGAGUUUAACCAUAUCAACAAGCUUGAUUUAGUAUGCCGCGCACACCAGCUUGUUCAAGAAGGUCUUAAGUACAUGUUCCAAGAUAAAGGCCUUGUGACUGUAUGGUCUGCACCUAAUUACUGCUACCGCUGUGGCAAUGUCGCUUCUAUAUUGAGUUUCAAUGACAACAUGGAAAGGGAAGUGAAGUUCUUCACAGAGACAGAAGAGAACAAUCAAAUGAGAGGGCCAAGGACUGGAGUUCCGUAUUUCCUUUGA